CUUUCUCUUCUCCUUGUCCAAAACAGAGCCGUCACUUGAUCGUCUGUUGGACAUCUCUGCAGCAACUCCUCUUCGGCUCAUCUCUUCAUAAUUUUUGCUCAAUAUUUACUCACUCUUCUCAACUCUUGUUCAAGUUUGGGUAGGGUUUUGUAAAGAAAUGGAACUUGGGUCCCUUUCUGAUCCCACCCAAUCCACAUUCUCUUUAGUUGAUGAGGAUCAUACAUUCGCAAAUGCUAUCAGGUUUACUUUGAAUCAGGAUCCAAGGACGAAAUUCUGUGGGUACAGCAUUCCUCAUCCAUCAGAUAACCGAGUUAAUAUUAGAAUCCAGACUACAGGUGAUCCAGCAAAAGAUGUAUUCAAAGAUGCAUGCCAGGAUCUCAUGGUGAUGUGCCAGCAUGUGAGCAACACUUUUAACAAGGCUGUGGUUGAUUUCAAAUUGAGCAACUCUGUGGAGGGCAUGGAUAUUGAAUCAGAUAGUUAAAUUGCUCAUCUUAGAUUCUCGUUUAUCUGCUUACUUUUGAUUACAAAUGUUGGUUAUGGUGGAUGAUUAUGAACGUACAAGUUUAAUUAUCGGUUUCAUGCAUCCAGGCCGGCGGUUGUAGCAAAAUGAUGUCAGUUACUUUGUUCUUCUAAUGAAAAAAGUUGAUUAUCCUUUUUCUCUC